UUCACUUCCCUGUUUUGGCUGUUAGAGCAAAGUGCUCAGAUAAAUCGCUGUGCCGCUUCAUAAACCUGUUGGUGCAAGCUUGACAAGAUGUUUGUUUGAUUUCUGUGAUUUGAAACUAACUUGGACCAAUGAGGGAUUAUCUCCACAUGAUGUUCAAAAUAUGAACUUGGAUCUGAAUAUCUCCAACAUGUCUGUGGAGUUUGGUGCUGAAAGGCCUAAGCAGGGACCGGUGGAGUACCGCAUGGCAGGCCUGAUCUUCUACUGCUUCGUCUUCAUCAUAGGAGUCAUAGUCAAUCUCACUGCUCUGUGGGUGUUUGCUCUCACCACCAAGAAGAGGAACUCGGUCACUGUCUACAUGAUCAACGUGGCAGUGGUAGACCUAACCUUCAUCCUGCUACUUCCCUUCAGGAUGGUCUACCACCACCAGGACUACUGGCCCUUUGGAGAUCUAUUCUGCCGGAUCAUUGCUGCUCUCACCAUUUUCUACCCCUGCAUCGCUCUGUGGCUGUUUGCUCUGAUCAGCGCUGACCGCUACAUGGCUAUCGUCCAGCCAAAGCACGCCAAGGAGCUGAGGAAUAUCCCCAAGGCCGUGGUGGCGAGCUGUGGGGUGUGGUUCAUGACUUUGGGCAGCACUGUGCCCCUGCUCUUCACUCAGCAUGACCCUGAUCGCAUCUCCAACUUCACCACCUGCAUCAAGAUGCAAGACAUCAUCCACUUGCGUCAUGACAACUCUGUUAACUUUGUGCGACUCAUCUUCUUUUUCCUGGUUCCCAUAUUUAUAAUGAUCGUCUGCUAUAUCGUCAUAGUUGACAAUCUGAUCCACGGACGCACCUCUAAACUCAAACCUAAAGUCAAGCAGAAGUCUAUCCGGAUUAUCAUCACACUCAUUAUCCAAGUGUUAGUGUGUUUUGUGCCUUUUCACGUGAGUUUAGUGCUUCGUUUGCUGGGGGACGGCAGAGACGGGGGGUUUAGCACAUGGGCAGUCUUCACCACAUUCCUAAUGAACAUGAGCACAGUGUUAGACAUUAUUCUGUACUACAUUGUCUCCAAACAGUUCCAAGACAGGGUGAUCAGUGUGAUUCUGUACAGGAACUAUCUGCGAAGCGUGAGACGGAAGAGCAGGCACACACACACGGGCAGCGUCCGAUCAUUGAGCAACCUGACCAGUGCAAUGAUAUGAAACAGCCACCCAAAACUUUCAUGUCAAACGACACACCUACAUGUACUGUGCACAAAGUAACACUGGAUGCAUCACAGUGUACACGGUUCAUCAUCAAAAGGAUCAAAACUUGCAAUUAAUUUCCGAGGUGUAAUUUACACUCACAGUAUGGGAGUGCUGCUGUUGUGGCAAAAACAUCUGUGUUCAGAGCUGAUUGACUCACCCAUGAGACUUGAGAUGUUUUCUGUGCAUCUUUGCUCUGGCAGACACAGCACGGUUGUCUGUGGCUCAGGUGUAAUACAUGCAGGCGAAAAUAAAGCGGCUAAUCAUUUAAAACAUAGCCCACAGUAUCUCCGCGUUUGGCUUGUUAUUAUGUAAAAAUAGUGAAACUCUUCUCAGCCUUCUCACAAGGUCACCCAACAACCUUAAAGAAUGUGGCAGCCUCAAGGGGGUGGGGUGGGGGGCUUACAGGAAACGACGGUGGUUUCUGAAACGUUGCUGCUUUCUUUUGGUCUGUAACAUCGCCUCUGCAGAACCUCAACGCUGCAUCAUCACCAAGUAAAUAUGACAUAGAAAAUAUAUAAUUAUAGCACACACUUCACAAGCGUCCUGAAAGUUGCUGAAAAUUUAUUGACCAGGUGAUGGCAGCAUGGCACAGCUAGAUCACAUCCACCUGCACGAGCAAUACAAAACAGAGCUUUCUUACUUUUCAAGUGGGCAGUGCUGGGUUUUUGUGUCUCUCCUUUAGAGCUCCUCAUAUAUAUAUAUAUAUAUACACAUAUGUAUAAACAUUUGCUUCUUCGUGUGAUUACAUUUCAGCUGUACUUACUAAAGCAAACUAUUUCAGUUUUUAUUCUGUGAAAUAACCAUUCCACCUCCUCGCAGAGAAGUUGUUAACUGCAGUCAUAACAGCUUCCUCAACCAGGAAUCAGACUGAAGUGUGUUUAUGGUGCAGUGCGAAUCAUAUUGAUUAGAUGUUAAAUGAUUCAGUCACUUGAAGUGCAUUUACAGUAACAUCCUCAAGAUAUGUCAAGCAGGCUAUUUACUAGAUUUAAAGCAACCUUAACCUUAAAAAGAGAGAACCUUUUCUGCUCAGGGAUACUUUAAUGUCAAGUCUCUGCUGUGAGUAUAAGCACCACAUUUCAAGAUCCUGCAAUUUAUCCUCAAUUUAUUCCUCAAAUGACAGACAAGUGAUGAGUUAGAAGGUACUGAAUGUGUGACAGUUCUAUCUCUGUGAAGGGACUGUUUAAUUUAAAUGAAGGAAAAAAAAAACACUCAUGUUUGAAUGUGACGGUUUUGAUAGGUGUCCUGCACAAACAUCACCCGAGCUACAAACUGAUUUGGUGUUGCCAAUCGCUAAAAUAAUCAAGUUAGUGUGUCUGUCACACCAACACAGUCUUAACUGGAUUAGACAGUGAGUCAGUGUAGCUGAGUAACUAUGUAAUGCCUCAUACAAUUAGACAGGCAAUGCACCCUGUGGUGUAACCACAUCUACCAUAGCAGUUCUCUGAAUAGUUAUCGUAUGGCAAAUCAAUUGCAAACACAGCGAAAUAAACAGCAUCAUACUGCGCUAUUCCUUUAAGAGAUUCUGGUUUUAUUCAUGUUUUCUCACAUUUUCACAAGCACGCCCAGUUAAAUUUCCACCGAGAUGAGUUAUUGAACCACAGUGGUAAAAGGAUAAACUGCACUGAGAGUCCAUAUGGUUCUUGGUUGGGUUGUGUAGUGUUCAUUUUCAAGAAAUGGCCACACUGACAUAUAGAAGAGGUAGAUUUACACUGUGUUUAACAAGAAGAGGCAGACUACAAGAUUUCCAUCUCACACAGAAUUCUGGGAACUGCAGUUCAUCACAUGAUGAUAGCUUUAUUGGUCGGUGGACUACAAGUGGAUUUAUAACCAAGAGGUCAAAGGUCAAAUGAAACAUCAGAGGGUCAUCUAUCUGUCCCACCUGUUAGACAUCAAAGAAAAACCAGUCACGCUGCUCACAGCAACUGGCAUUUAAAACAAUUAAGUUUCCUGUCAAGUCCCUGUGAUGAAUUAUCCGGAAGCUUUACCGGCUGUAAUUCUAAAUCUUCCCAACAAGUGCCUUUGUUGUAGAGAAAUUAAUGAAAACAAGAUUGUCUUUCAUAGGAGCUGAUCUAACAGCGCGACAGCCAGCUGCUCUUCUUUGGGAAUAAAAACAGUCAGCAUUAAACACAGCUCAGACAAAAUACUUCUUUUUUUUUUUUUCUCCUACCACUCGUGUGGAAAACAAAUCAGGCGACGAGCGCAGUGGCCAUCUGUUUUGUUAUUUGAUAUGUGUGAAUACAUGUUGUAAUGACUUUGUUUGUGAAUCACUCUGCGCGGCAGAACACACGAGAGCUCUCGAAGUGCUGGAGUGUUCAAAGCUAAUCAUAUAAUUGGACACAAUAGUCGAUGACAAAUGGAGACGCUUGGAGCCAGCCAGCUGGGGAAGUGAAUAUGUAAUCAUUGUAAAAUCAUAUCAUUUUUGCAUAUUUGAAGACAGCUUAAUAGAGUUUGCAUGUCAGCACAGUAUCAAAUGAUGAUCAGAGACAGUGUUGCUGUAUUUGUUUUUCUAAAUUGCGUUCUGCCGGACUAUUUAUCUUUAUCAUGAUUAAAAGUGUUU